CAAGAUCUUGAAGAACGCACAUCUAGGUUUUACAGACAUAGUCUCGAGACUCGUCGAGUAGUUGAAAUUCGCAUACCUAGUGCGAACGAUAUAAGACCACCUGCAAUUGCCACCAGCUACUUGAAAGAAUCGAGUAUUCUUUGGUGCGCUAGGAGAAAUCUACUUUCGGCACGGCUGCCCGAUGGUAAAUUUCGUCGACAAAUUAUUCGCGUAAAGGCAUUUCAUGCUGCGCUCCCAGCCUUUGUAGACUCAACCCUUCGUACAGACCAUCAUGGCUUCCGAGACCAUGGCGACCUCAAAACCGAUCCAUACCGUAGUUCUGGACACUGGAUCCAUCAUCAAGAACGAGCCAUCUGUCUCAACAUUGUUGAGCCAAGCCGAGGUCAUCGUGACAGUGCCCGCCAUCAUUGCUGAAAUUAAAGACUCCGCCACACGGACGCGCUUCGAAACGACUCUCAAACCAUUCGUGACUCUUAGGACACCCCGUCCCGCAAGCGUGCAAGUCAUUGUCGAUUUCGCUCGGAAGACUGGCGACUUGGCCGUGCUGAGCAAGCCGGAUAUUCAAAUCAUCGCGCUUGCGUAUGAACUUGAAUGUGAGAGAAAUGGCGGCGACUGGAGGUUGAGACGCACUCCAGGUCAGAAGGGCAUGAACGGUCCUCCGCCAGGAAAAGCGGAGGCCGUGGCAGCAGAGGACGCAGUUGAGAAGGACGAGAGUGCUCAAUCAGCAGCUGAGCCGUCAGCCACGGUUGAAGAUGGAUCUAUAGAGGUUAUUAGUGGCGCUCAGCAGUCUGAGACGUCAGAAGGCGUUGCUGAGGAGAAGAUUAUCGCGCCCGAGCCAGAUGCAGUUGGUGCCGCGCAGAACCCGACAGACGUCACUGCAGCAGCCCCGAUAGACCGAGAAACAGCGGAGCUCGCCGAUCAAGAAGAAGACACUAUUCCUGGCCAACAGGAUGCAGAAUUAUCCUCACAACUUGAGACGCUUCAGGUCGCCGAGUCAGCGCCACAGGAAGCUGAAGCAGAGCCAGUGAUGAUUGAUUCCGCUCAACAAUCAGCGGAAAGCCAAAACGAAUUCGACUCGGAUUCGGGUUCCGACUCAGACGACGGCGGCUGGAUCACGCCUUCAAAUCUGAAGAAAAAGCAAGCGGCCGACGCAAUCGGCUCGACCAAAGAAGCCGAAGCACCCGCGGUAAUGCAAGUCGCUGUGAUAACCACCGAUUUCGCCAUGCAAAACGUGAUUCUCCAGAUGAACCUCAACCUACUCUCCUCGGCCAUGUUCCGAGUCAAACGCCUCAACACCUACGUCCUCCGCUGCCAUGCCUGCUUCAACGUCUGCCGCGACCUCGCCAAACAAUUCUGCCCACGCUGCGGCCAGGCCACACUCACCCGCGUCGCAUGCUCCACGAGCGCCAGCGGCGAAUUUCGCCUACAUCUCAAGAAGAAUAUGCAGUGGAACCACCGCGGCGACCGCUACAGUAUUCCUAAACCUGUACAUGGUUCCUCGAAUGGCAAACUCAAGGGCGGUGGGAAAGGCGGUUGGGGUAAUGAGCUUAUGUUGGCUGAGGAUCAGAAGGAGUAUCAGAAUGCCGCCCGUGUGCAGCAGAGGCAGAAGACGAGAAAUUUGAUGGAUGAGGAUUACUUGCCUGGUAUUUUGACAGGUGAUCGGGGCAAGAGUGGAGGGAGGAUCAAGGUUGGAGCUGGAAGAAACGUCAACUCGAAGAAGCGGUAGAUGGAUAACAAACCGCAAGUUUGGAUCAGGUUUUGGCGCAACUAGGUUCGUUUAGUUUGGCGUUCGGUCUUAUGAAUUUGUGUUCCGUUGGCGAUUCAUGCUUCUCGCUCGCCAAUUCAAUCAAUCAUUUCACU